AUGCACGACGAGGUGGACGAGCUGCUGGCGCCGUGCGCGGCGGCGCUGCGCCUGCUGGGCAUGUGGGGCGUGGCGACGCGGCGCGGCGUCUUCGUGCUGCUGCUCAACCUGGCCGGCACCGCGUGCGCCGCCGUCACGCUCGCCUUCCAGCCCCCGCGCGACCUCGAGCGCCUCGCCAUGAACGCCUACGUCUGCGCACAGGGCACCCUCCUCUCCGUCAAGGUGGCGGCCUUCUUGUGGCACAGAAAGCGUCUGCGGCAGCUGGCGCUCCAGCUGGUGAGCUGCUGGCGCCAGUUUGAGGAUGUAGGCGGCGGCGUGCGCGCCAUCUACCGCAGCCAAGCUGCCAGGGUCGUGCGCUACAUGCAGGUGAUGACCGGGAUCCCGACGAUGAUGUGGAUGCUGGAGCCGCUGUUCUCCGGUGGAGAGGAUUCGCCGCAGGGGCGCAGCCUGCCGCUGCCCACGUGGCUGCCCGACGCCCUGCAGCAGUCGCCCACGUACGUGCUGCUCUACGUGCUGCAGGUGUUCACCAUCGUCGUCGCGAUAGCCGUGUCCGUCUACCUCAACAUCUUCUUCGCGGUCCUCAUGCUGAGCAUCGCUGCCGAGCUGCACGUCCUUAACAACAACAUGAUGGCGAUGGGGAAGUUCGGGGACAACGAGACGGCCGAGCCCUACAAGAGAGAUGAGGGAGUACAUAGAGACCGGGUCACUUCCAGUUUGUUAAGCAGUCAUCGUAGACCUCGUGGAAAAUUAGUAGCGGCGGGCCACUCGUUACCUGGGCCUGUAGCUGUGUACACACAGAAUGGUAGUCACGAGCAGAUGUAUCACCAACUAAUAAAGAAUAUUCGGCAUCAUCAAGUGAUCCUUAGGUCUGUUGCAGAGCUGCAAAAAGCUAUGACUCACUCUAUUUUCGUUCUUCUCUUUUUAAACAUGCUUAAUAUUUGCGUCGUCAUCUUCGCUGGAUCUACGCUGUUGCAGAAGCAAGCAGACCAAGUGGCAAUGUACAAAAUGUUAUUCAGCGUUCCAAUUUACAUGUACGAGACUGGAUUCUUUUGUGUCGUUGGACAAACCAUUAUUGAUCAGGGGGAGCGGCUCUCCAUGUCGGCGUUCGCCAGCGCCUGGCUGGACAGCCCCAGAAAGCUGCACCGCUUGCUGCUGGUCUUCAUGCUGCGCUGCGCGCGUCCACCCACCAUCACUGUCGGCAAGACGUACACCCUCUCCAAGCGCACCUUUCUCCGGAUACUGAAUGGAUCGUACACAAUGUUCAAUAUGCUGUACCAGUUCCAGAGGAAGAGGUAAUGUCAGUCAUGGAAAUGAAUAUUUGAACUGGCGGAUGACAGACGUCA